AUGGGUAUAAACUCAGACAUGCCUAGCUCCAAUGGCUCCAACCAGCCUGAUAAGAUAGACGUCGAGGCACUUUCCAAUAAGUACCUGGAAGAGAAAGAGAGACGACAGCGGCAGCAGGCUUUAGAGGAUGGUCAGCAAGUGCAGGUCAUCAUUCUUGGUGCCGGUUUUGGCGGCAUUCUCUUUGCCGCUCGUCUCGUUGAGGCAGGUAUAAAACCUGAGGAUAUACGAAUCGUCGAUGUUGCCGGAGGCUUCGGCGGCACUUGGUACUGGAAUCGGUAUCCUGGAGUCAUGUGCGACACUGAGGCUUCAGUCUACUUGCCUCUGCUGGAGGAGACAGGCUACAUUCCGACGCACAAAUACUCGUAUGGGGAAGAUAUCAGAGGCCACUGCGAGCGAAUAGCGAAAACAUUAUGGCUUCGCGGAUAA